AUGUUUAAAAAAAUAUUUUUAUGUUUAUUAGUGUUACAUACGUGUAAUCUAGUAUAUAGUAAACGCAAUUGCAAUGAUUGUCAAAUUUACUACACAUGCAAGGCAGCAGUUGAUCAUGCUCGUUUGAAGCAAAACGAUGAAACAAAAAAGCUAUUUGAGAAAGCCGUGUGUGGAACAGCAAUAGAAGACGGAGAUUCCGUAGUUAAGGUAUGCUGCUCAGACUUUCCCAGCUUAAAUGAUAGACCGAAACCAACUCCACCGGCCAAAAAUAUAGAAAAUAGAUGGGCAGGAAUGAAUAAAGAAAACUUGCUGCCGGAUAGAUGUGGCAGCAUUUUGGGAAAUCGAAUUUUUGGAGGCAGAAAGGCCAAACUAUACGAAUUUCCAUGGAUGGUACUGAUAUCUUAUAAAACACGCGAAGGUCCCCAAUUUCAAUGUGGUGGAACUAUCAUUAACUCCAAAUAUAUUCUGACAGCGGCUCAUUGUGUCGUUGAUAAGAAAAUCGAAGGUGUCAGAAUAGGAGAGUACGACAUUAAUACGGACAGAGACUGCGAGUAUGAACCGGAUAAAGUUAUCUGUGAAGAUCAUAUUCAGGAUAUGUAUGUCAAAGAAAAAAUACCACAUGAAAAUUACCAAAGAUCACCAACCUCGAAUGACAUCGCGUUGCUGCGAGUAGACGGCGAGAUCCUCUUAAACUACACAAACGUGGAACCAAUCUGUCUGCCAGUAUCCUCUUCGCUACGUAGGAAAGGUCUAGAUAAUAAAAACGGCACAGUAGCUGGAUGGGGAUACACUGAAACUGGUAGAGAAUCUGCGAUACUGUUGAGAGUCGAAGUUCCUGUGAAAACUGACGCUGAAUGUAAAGGCUACUACAACAGAAAUAACCGGGAUUCCGUUAAGAAACAGUUCUGCGCAGGAGAACUAAAAAAGGAUUCUUGUAAUGGUGAUUCCGGAGGACCUCUAAUGAUGAAAGCUAACUACAACGAUGUUAAUAGUUACGUCCAGUAUGGGAUCGUGUCGCACGGUCCAAUGCAAUGUGGAUCGUCGUUCCCAGGCGUCUACACAGAUGUCAGAGAAUACGUCGAUUGGAUAUUAAAUAAUAUUAAAGAAUAA